ACGUGUGUCCAACAUGUCCGCCUGCCGUGUUGUUGCGUGUCGAGCAGCAGUGGUCCGUGUUGACUAGUCUUUUCUCGUGUGACGCCGUUUUAUUCCAACAUACCGGACAGUAACGUUACCGACGGCCGGCGAACAGACCACCGAAGCCCCAUGAUGGCGCAGAGGAAGAAGCACCAGAUGAAGAGGAGGCGAUACAACAGAGAGUCGGAGGCGGACUUUCAACUAGCUGCGGAAACUAAGGACGAUGAUUCUCCAGGAAAGAAACUCAUGCGGUUCCCGGCCUCAGCUGACUGCCUGUCAGAUGUGGAGCCGGACACCAGGCUGCUGGUCAGAGCCCAGAACAAGAAGAAAAAGAAGUCUGGAGGCUUUCAGUCCAUGGGUCUCAGUUAUCCUGUGUAUAAAGGCGUCAUGAAGAAGGGUUACACAGUCCCUACGCCGAUCCAAAGAAAGACUCUCCCAAUAAUUUUGGAUGGCAAGGAUAUAGUUGCCAUGGCGAGGACUGGCAGCGGUAAGACGGCUGCCUUCCUGGUGCCCAUGUUUGAGAAGUUAAAAGCACCUCAAGCCAAAACCGGAGCCAGAGCCCUAAUCCUGACCCCCACCAGAGAGUUGGCUCUGCAGACCAUGAAGUUCGCAAAAGAGUUGGGGAGAUUCACCGGACUCAGGAUCGCUUUGAUCCUUGGUGGAGACAGAAUGGACGAUCAGUUUGCCGCUCUUCAUGAAAACCCCGACAUAAUCAUCGGUACCCCUGGUCGUCUCAUGCACGUUGUCAAGGAGAUGAACCUGAAGCUGCACAGUGUGGAAUACGUGGUGUUUGAUGAGGCUGACAGGUUGUUCGAAAUGGGUUUUGCCGAGCAGCUUCAGGAGGUCAUCCGGAGGCUUCCAGACAGCAGACAGACUCUGCUGUUCUCUGCCACUCUGCCCAAACUGCUGGUGGAGUUUGCCAGAGCUGGGCUGAAUGACCCAGUUUUGAUUCGUUUAGAUGUGGAUUCUAAGCUCAGCGACCAGAUUAAGCUGUCAUUUUUCCAUUUGCGCAUGGAUGACAAGCAGGCGCUUCUGCUUCAUCUGCUGAGGAACAUAGUGAAGCCUCAGGAGCAGACGGUGGUUUUUGUAGCCACCAAACACCAUGUGGAGUACAUCAGGGAGCUGCUGACUUUAGAAGGAGUGGAGUGUGCCUACAUCUACAGCGCCCUCGAUCAGACUGCCAGAAAGAUCAAUAUAGGGAAAUUUGUUCAUCGGAAAGCCAUGGUGCUGAUUGUGACUGAUGUUGCUGCUCGUGGUAUAGACAUCCCCAUGCUGGACAAUGUCAUCAACUACAACUUCCCCUCCAAGCCCAAGCUGUUCUUGCACAGAGUUGGCCGUGUGGGACGUGCUGGACGCAGCGGCAUAGCCUACAGUCUGAUUUGUCCAGAUGAGAUGCCUUUUGUCUAUGACCUCCACCUCUUCCUUGGAAGGCCUGUUCAGUUUGCCACGCCUGAACACACACCAGAUUUAGAGGGUGUGUUCGGUCGGGUCCCUCAGAGUAUCCUGGAUGACGAAAGUUCUCAUUUGUUCACGGCUCACGAGAACUCCCAGGACCUGCACAGCCUGCACCAUGUCUCUGAGAACGCCUACAAGCAGUAUCUUAAGUCACGACCAAGCCCCUCACCUGAGUCUUUCAGACGGGUCAAAAAUACAGAUCUCUCCACCAUGGCUGUCCAUCCACUACUAGGGGCUGGUUUGGAAACAAUGGAACUGGAGCGCCUUCACAUAGUUGAUGCCAUCAAAGGCUACAAAUCCAAAUCAACUAUCUUUGAAAUCAACUCUAACAGUAAGACACAGGCAGGUCAUGUCAUGCGGGCCAAGCGCUCCAAGGACAAGCGGCUGGUGGACAAAUUCAGCAAACAGAGAGUGACCCUGGCUGCAGAAAGCCGCCUGCACCAGCCCGUCAAAUCCACCACCACAGCUAACGAUGAUUUCACAAACGGCGCGGAUGAAAACGAGGACGAUAUGAAGGGGGUGUUCUCUGUGGUGGUAGGUGGAAAAAAGAGACGUCUGCAGGAAGAUGGGGAAGAAGGAGAAAAGAACAAGAGAAGCAGACAGUCGGGCAAAGAUGAGCAGUAUUACAUCCCUUACAGACCCAAAGACUUUGACUCUGAGAGAGGCUUAAGUCUCGGCACAGAGGGCACUGCCUUUGAAAAGCAGGCCUCCUCAGCUGUUCUGGACCUGAUGGGAGAUGAUGGAAAGUUAAACCAGCACAAGAACACAAUGAAAUGGGAUCGUAAAAAGAAGCGCUUUGUUAGAGCAGACGGCAAGGAGGACCAGAAGAAGAAGAUCAGACUCGACGGUGGACAGGUCAUCGAUAACAAGAAGAACAAGAAGAACUUUUACGACGAGUGGAAGAAAAAAUACAAGGUCGAUGAUGGAGGAUCUGGAUCAGAUGGAGAAGGAGGUGGAGGCGGAAGAGGUGGCAGAGGAGGAAGAGGCGGCAGAGGAGGAAGAGGUGGAGUACGUGGAGGGAGGAGUCCUGGAGGAAGAGGAGAAGGCAUGGGAAGAGGAGGAGAAGGAGGUGGUAGAGGAGGAGGUCGUGGUCGUGGUCGUGGCAGUAAUCCAAACUUCCAGAGUGUCGGCUCGCAGCAGAAGCCCGGUGGCCUCAGAGUUCGCUCAGAGCUGAAGUCCAAGGAUCAAAUCCUGCACCAGCGCAAGAAAGAUGCGAAGCAACAUUUCCUGCAGAGCGGAGGCCUCAAAAAAAACAAAAGGUUUGUCGGAGAUGUUAAGAAGUCCGGUUUUGGACGGGGUGAUCAUAAGAAGGGUAAGAUGAGGAAGAAACUCUGAGGACUCUCACAGACGGAGUGGAGGAAAGCAUUUCUCCACUGUAGAGAUGAACAGCUGAACUCUAAAUUUGGCAGAGUAUGUAGAAGAAUAAUAAGAGUUUCCUCUGUUCUGUGUGUUGGCAGAUUGUAUUUGCGUACUAAGAUAUUUCUAUACACUUGGAUAACUGGCAAAAUGCUGACAUGAAUCUGAUUAAUAUUCUGUGUCUUCAAUUGCAGUCGCAUGUUGAUACAAACAACAAAAGUGUGUAAAUGAUGUGUUUUUCCAAAAUAUAUACAUUUUUAUUCUUGAAGUUGAGACUUGAGUGUCCCUGAUGUAAUAUCUGCAUUAAAUACUGGUUCUGGUCCAUAACUUUACAGAAGAAAAUCUUUAAGAAGUGAGUUUCUGGCUGCAUAUGGUAUGACAAUAAACAAUAUAGCUCCAUUAACGGGGUUAUAGUGUCGGUCUGA